UUCACCCAGGUCAUUUCGAAAUUGGUAAACAUAUACAAAUCAUUAAACUGACUGAUGAAAAUUUCAGUCCAGUUUAUCAAGUCGGAGAGUCAGCAUGCCAAAGUACGUUUACCAUUAUUUCGAUAUUCGAGGGAGGGGUGAGCCCGGUAGAAUGCUAUUUGCUAUGGCGGGGAUACCUUUCCAGGAUGAAAGGAUACCACAAGCUGACUGGCCAAAGCACAAAGCAAAAACUCCAGCAGGCUCUCUCCCAUAUUUAGAAAUAGAUGGAACAGUUCUUACCCAAAGUCUUAUCAUAUUUCGACAUCUCUCUAGAAUGUUUGGACUUGAUGGAGACUCUAUACUAGAUAAGUCAAAAGUAGAUGAAAUUACGGCAUAUCUUGCAGAAGGACUUGCCAAUGUCCUUAAGUGUUAUCUCGGUCCCCAAGAUGAGGAAUCACAGAAGACAUUAAAUGCCCAAUUUGUGGAUACUGUGAAUAAAUCAUGUAAGCGAAUUGAUGAAAUAAUAUCCACUAACAAAAGUUUAGAUGGCUGGGCAGUUGGCAAAAAGCUCACUUUUGCGGAUAUAUUUAUUUUUGAGGCAUUUGAAGUCGUUUUACAAGGCCAGCCGAAUAUUUUAGACAAAUUUCCCAGGAUCCAGAGUAUUCGCCGUAAAGUGGAAACUCACAGCACCAUGCAGAAAUACCUAACUCAAAGAAAGCAAACACCAUUUUAA